GUUAAAAGGACAGAUAGGGUUUUACAGAUUUCGUAUGAUUUAUUUGUAAUCGCUUUGAAUUCACUUAUAUUUAAAAGUAAAAUUUAAUUUGUGUUUAAUAAGAAUUUUGCCAGUGAAACGGUAAAAAGAACUGUGAAAAAACUGAACGUACAUAAGGAAAUUCUUGAAAGUAGAUCAAGAUGCAGGAAUCUCAGCCGAAGAAAGGCAAGAAAGCCAGAAGAAAGCGUAAUGAUAGUGACGAGGAUAUCGAAAAAGUUUUGGCUGAAUUGGAACUGGAAUAUUCUGGACAGAAAAAAGAAGUCAAAGAUGAACCAGUUGAACCAGCAGUUGAGGUUGAAGAUAAAAAGAAGAAAGGAAAGAAAGAUAAGAAAAAGGAAAAAGGUGAUGUUAUUGAUAUUAAAGAAGAGUUGAAGGCUACUGAACUCCUAGAUGCAAAUGAUAUUGACGAUGACAUGGAAGUUAGUACUGUAAAAACAGCAGCACAGAAGAAGAAAGAAAAGAAGGAAAGGGAGAAGCAAAAGAAACUUGCCCAGAAGAAAGCAGAAAUAGCCAAAAAGACAGAAAAUGAAGAGGAGAAAACAGAAGAAGAGACAAUAGAACAGCAAAGCUCUAAAAAAGAGUCACAGGUAAAGGAAGCAGAAGUUAAAGCACCAGAAGCCAAAGAGGUCAACGAAAUAGAUACCUCUGCACCUGGUGAUGGUGAUGAAGGGAAAAAGAAAAAGAAGAAAGUUGUAAAAGAGGAACCAAAAGAUAAAGGCAAAGGUCCUGGAAAGAAGACUAUUGCUGCAAUGCAAGAAGCCUUAAAGAAAUUAAAAGAAGAAGAGGAGAGAUUACAACGGGAGCAAGAAGAAAGAUUGCGGCAAGAAGAAUUACAAGAACAGGCUCGAUUAGAACAACUAAGGCUCGAACAGGAGCGGAAAGAAAGGAAAAAGCUGAAGGAGAAGCAGAGAAAAGAACGACUAAAGGCAGAAGGCAAAUUAACUACGAAACAGAAACAAGACAGGGCGAGAGCACAGGCUAUGCUUAACGCGCUUAAAGCCCAAGGUGUAGGUUUACCAGAAGUAGGGGAGAAAAAACCCAGAUCAGGAAUUCGGAUAAGACCAAACAAAAUGAAACAGCAAUUAAGCGUCGAUGAAAAAGACAAUGAAAAAGGAGAAGAAGGCGUGACAGAAGGAAAUAGAGUAGAAGUAGAAAUUGUAGACCAACAACAGAAAGAGUCUGAAGAAAAGAAGGACGAUGUGAAAGACUCAUGGGAUGCUGAAAGCAGCGAAGAUGAACAAGACGAAGAUAAAUCAGACGAUGUGCCAAAAACUCCAAAUAUGAAGAGGCAGGAAAGAAUAGUUUCACUUGGAAAAGAAAAGAAAUCGCAAAUUGACGAAUCUAGGAAAGAAUCUUCGGAAAGUGAAUCGGACAGUGAGAGUGGUAGCGAAUCGGAUACAGAGGAAAGCGAAGAGGAUAGUGGAUUAGAAGAUAAAGUAUCAGAUGCAGCGAGAAAGAAGGAACGAGUUAGGGAACGAAUACAACUUCGAAGGAUAGAAGCGGAAAAGAAAAGAUCAUUGGACGAACUUAGAGCUGCCGUAGUGUGUGUUUUAGGUCACGUCGAUACAGGAAAAACGAAAAUCCUCGACAAAUUGAGAAGAACGAAUGUACAGGAUGCUGAAGCAGGGGGUAUAACUCAACAGAUUGGCGCUACAAAUGUGCCUAUCGAUGCCAUUAAAGAAUCAACGAAACACGUGAAAGGAUUUUCUGAGAAAAAUUUCAAAAUUCCUGGACUCUUAAUCAUAGACACACCUGGUCACGAAUCCUUCAGUAAUUUAAGAAACCGAGGAUCCUCUCUUUGUGAUAUAGCGAUAUUAGUAGUAGACAUUAUGCACGGUUUAGAACCACAAACUAUCGAAAGUAUUAACUUGCUGAAAACAAAGAAAUGUCCUUUUAUCGUAGCUUUAAACAAAAUUGACAGAUUAUACGAUUGGCAAACUAUGAAUCGAAAAGAUAUCCAGGACAUUAUAAAAGGCCAAGCUAUGAAUACACAGCGAGAGUUUGAGAAACGUUCGAAGGAUGUUAUCGUUCAAUUCGCUAUACAAGGCCUGAACGCCGCGUUGUUUUACGAAAAUCCAGACCGUAGGAGUUACGUUUCUCUUGUACCAACUAGUGCAAUUACAGGUGAGGGUAUGGGUAACCUGCUGUCAUUAAUAGUCGAUGCCUGUCAAGGUCCUCUAGCUAGAAAACUCAUGUACAGCGAAGAGCUUCAAGCCACCGUUUUAGAAGUGAAAGCAUUACCAGGUCUCGGAACUACAAUAGAUUGUAUUCUAGUCAAUGGUAUGUUGAGAGAAGGUGAUACAAUGAUAGUAGCGGGUACCGAUGGUCCUAUAGUGACUCAGAUACGUUCGUUACUUAUGCCACAACCGUUGAAGGAAUUGAGAGUGAAAAACGCGUAUAUCGAAUACCGUGAAGUGCAAGCCGCGCAAGGAAUAAAAAUUGCUGCAAAAGAUUUGGAAAAAGCUAUUGCAGGAUUGAAUCUUCAAGUGGCCCAAAAACCAGACGAAGUAGAUGUCUUAAAGGAAGAAAUUGCGAAAGAGUUGACUAGUGCCCUUGGAAACAUUCGACUCGCAGAACGCGGUGUUUACGUGCAAGCCUCAACCUUGGGUGCCCUUGAGGCGUUGUUGGACUUCCUCAAAAGCAGCAAGAUCCCGUACGCUGGAAUUCGUAUCGGUCCUGUUGUGAAGAAAGACGUUAUGAAGGCUUCCAUUAUGUUGGAGCACGACAGUCAAUACUCAACGAUACUCGCGUUCGACGUGAAGAUCGAAAGAGACGCUCAGGAAUUGGCUGAUUCUCUCGGAGUUAAGAUCUUCCAGGCGGACAUUAUUUACCAUCUCUUCGACAAGUUCACCGCGUACAGGGAGGAGCUGAAGCAGCGGAAACGGGACGAGAAUAAGCAUAUCGCCGUCUUCCCUUGCAAACUUCGUAUCCUACCCCAGUACAUCUUCAACUCUCGAGAUCCGAUCGUGAUGGGCGUGAUGGUCGAGGCUGGUAUCGUGAAAGAGGGAACGCCGGUUUGCGUGCCCAGCAAAGACUUCGUGGAUCUAGGCAUGGUGACGAGUGUAGAGUACAAUCACAAGCCUGUAGAAUCCGCGAGAAAAGGUCAAGAGGUUUGUGUGAAGAUCGAGCCGGUUCCAGGAGAAGCGCCGAAAAUGUUCGGCCGUCACUUCGACGAGAAGGAUUUCGUCGUUAGUAAGAUAAGCAGACAGAGUAUAGACGCGUGCAAGGAGUACUUCAGGGACGACCUGGUGAAGACCGAUUGGCAGCUGAUGGUCGAGCUGAAGAAACUCUUCCAGAUACUCUAGGAUUUGCUGGAGCUGGCGGAAAUGUUGAAGAUCCAUCGACGGCUCUACCGGCUGACAAGCAACGAAGCGAAUGCUGCGAUCAUAGGGCGCUCGACGGACCACUUUGGAUCAUCGUCGGUGUCGUCUGAUCGUUGUCGAUCGUUUUUUCCAUUUGUAAUAUAUAUGUCGAACUUCUCGAUUUUUCUGCCGUUGUCUUUGAUACACGCAAAACAAUCGUGGCACGCCUCGCUUCAUCCUAUGAUCCCUCGAUAAAUCGCCUUCGAUCGGGUUCUCCUUGUGUUACACACACAUACACACAAAUAGACAUACGCGAUCGCGCACACACGAGAAAAAUCUCCCUUCCUAUGGAAAAUAUAGCCGAAGAAUUGGGCGCAAUCCCCGAGGAAACCGUAGUUGAACGCGGCGUAAACGGUGUUUCUUUCGGUUAGAAGCUUCUAAACGAACGAACUGGAUUUUUUCAGGCGGAUAAACGAUUUAGAAAGAAAAGAAAAUGUGUUUGUCAGGUCCAUCGACAAAUUCGAUAUACGAGAAAUCAAACGUAAUCAUUGUUCCAACGUAGACUACAAAUGAUCACGCUGUAGCAUGGAAGAUUAUUUUUAAUAAUUACGCGAGAACGGUUAGAAAAGUGCCGUUUCCGUAACGAACACGACGAGCAUGAUUCGUCGUUAGAUUCUAUUGGGAAGCUUUUCGCAGUAGGUACUUAACGAAUAUACGGAGAAAAGGAACGAAAGCCGAAACUAAAAUCCACCGAAUAGCUGAAUUGUGUUUAACGUGUACAGGUUGAGUGUGUCGUUUUUAGCAGACCGUGUCUUAGCCAGCCACAGAAGUAACUUCUCGACUGUAAUGGGAUCGAGGUGUCACGGAUAAAGCAACUGGAAGUUCUCGCGGUAGCAGCUUCGAUAACGUGUACCGUACCGGGAAUAUUUUCGAAAUGAAUCGACGUGUACGAGGGAAAAGAGAAAUUGUUACCGAUACGUAUAUUUCGAACCAUCUUCGUACGCGGUGAAUGAAAUUUGAACGAAGAGAGAGAACGAAUACGAAGUAGAAUUAGAAUGUACUACUGUGCUUUCCUAUCUAGGAUGCAAGAGUUCGCUACGUCUCGAAAUCCUAUAACAGACGUUUGGAAGAACCAGAUGGAGGGAUAAAGAGAGGAGGGGCCUUGGAACAAUUCUCUUUACGAUGCGGCGAAGAAUACGCGCGAGAAAUAAGCGUGUAGUGGGUCGGUGAUCGCACUCGACAGCCUUGAGAACCGCAGAACAAGAGGCGAGAAAAAAGGGAAGUCCUCGGCGUUUCCCUAGUUUCCGGCCAUCUUCGAUCCCCCUAAACCCUCCCCCCUUUUGAACGAGAGAGCCGUGGCGUCGACGAGUGAACGAGUUUCGUCCGAUACUACCUCGUGUAUGCGGUUUGCGCGAGGCGAACAAGGCGGUAGCUGUUCGAACGAAAAGGGACUUCCGUCUUCUCUCUUUCUCCUCUUCCCGCGGAUGAUUCGACCGCAACCAUUCCCCCCUUCGUUUUUGCCAUCGAUCUUACGCCACACGCUCCGGUUUUCUUGCGACCGAGCCUCGUCAUUUUUCGGACCUGCUUGCCGCCUAACCUCGUACACCUCUGGCGAAACAGAGAACCGCCAAUUUGAAACGAAACACGUCGACGACUACGUCUUCUAAUUUCAUCCCGUUUCGUAGAAUUCUGGUACAAUUUGAACAUUUUUUUUUGUUUCGAGCGAAAGAAAGAAGUGCAAUCUUUGAACGACGUUGUUAAAUUCGUAAUCUCUGAUUUUGUAGAGAGAGAGAGA